AUGGCAUCCGUAGGCCUCAGCGAUGCCGAGUUUAGGACUCUCGAUUCGACACGCCACCGACUUUCGCAAAUAUCUAGUAGUCUUGCAAGUCUCAAGGCCGAUGUCGUCGCAAGUAGACCCCUACCUAGCUUGGAUUCUCUUCAACGCCAAAGCGAUGUCCUGCAAACCAAUAUUCAGAGUCUGAUGGAAGUCUCCCCGAACGUUGCCGAAUUGUUCUCCCAUCUCGUCGUACACCCGUCUACCAAUUUCCCCGGUCGAACGCAGGAGAUGAUACUCCUACAGUUACUUCGCAAGAAACCCGAGCCUGAUGUUGCGACGGCUAUGGAUGAGGGGAGAAAGAUGGUUGCGGAAUUACCACCCACUUCAGAUCUCUUAAACGGAGAAGGAGGAGUCGGAAAGGGUCCCCAGGACGAGUUGGAAAACAUAUGGGAAUCGCGACGGAAUUUCUUCAAUACUCGUAUCAUGGAUUACGUUACUACCGAAGCCGAAGAUAUGUUUACUGAAGAAGAACGUCAGUUAGGCAUCGAGAACGUACGAACGGGGCUGAAAAGGUCGCUUGAGGAAGAUGAGGAAGAUGAAGAUGAAGACGAGGAAGAAGGCGAGGGUGAGGAUGAAGAUGAUGAUGUGAUGGUCAUCGACCGCCCACCGCCUCCACCAGCACCCGGAGUUAAGACGCAAGAAGUUGAGGGCGUGGUGCUGGAAAAUAUCAUGCGGUUCGCGUCAAGAGGAGAAUUCGUCCCUACUCGUUAA